CGCAACGCCUCUCAUUCUAGGGAAGAUGGAGGUAAACGAAGUUAUCUUCUGCUAGAAAUUUGAAAACAAUGUGUGCUAAAACUAACAUUAUACCUAAAAUAUGAAUCAUUAUCUGUCUGGUCUAGUAACUCAAGUCAUUGUCAUCACAAUCAAUGAUUUGGAAUACUGCAGUAAGUAAUACUGGAUACCAAAUAUGCAAUACUUCAAGCAGUUGCAGUCUACAUAUGUACUGUUCCCUGUUUUAUAUUCUUUUAUAAGGACAAUCAGCUGAAAUUUGUUUGUGUGCUGAGAUGAAUUGGAGGUACUUAUUCCAGUGUCAUAAACCACCACCUAUGUAAUCUGUUGUGCUUAAAAAAAUUACCAAAGCAUAGAUUGAUGUUAUGGGUGAGAUAGCAUUCUAUCGUUCUCAGUAUAAGUAUGUAAAAGGGGAUGACUCGGAGAUAUCACUAGAAGUUGGUGAUGUCCUCGAAGUUAAGAAACCUUUCCAGUUUACAUUGGAAGGAACAGAAGAAAACCCUGAAGGCUGGAUUCUUGGCAGAAAUCAGAGAACAAAUGAAUGUGGAUAUUUUCCAGGAACAUUCGUUGAAUACCUUAGAACUGAGGUAUUGGCUCCACCGACUCCAGUACCCCAAAGACCAGUUCCUCGACCUGAACCAGUGACAAGAAAUAUUGAAGAAAAUAAUGAUUCAGGUUAUGUUGGAUCUCCAGCUGUAGCUGCUGCUGCUGCUAGUGCCAGUUUGAUUAGACGGCCAUUUUAUCAACACAGCCUUGUGAAUGUCUACUUUCUAACUCCAGUGCUAUGCAGGCAUUCCAUUCCUAUCACUCCUGACCAUCAACAUGACUAGAUGUCACACCUCCUCUGUGAUCAUAUAGCCAAAGUUCAUUCUUUGGUCCAACCUCCUGGAUAGAAGUCAGUUAUUCGAGUUUUGACCUAUGAUCAUGCAGCAUGCCACUUCACAUCUCUCAUGAGAUAAUGGUUUGUCAUUUAUCCACGUUGCUGUCAUGAAUCAUUAGCAAUUACACAUUUUUCUAUGCCAUGGAAAAUGUAUCAGAUA